ACAAAAAGACAUGUACAACAAAGAUGGCGGAGUCCAGUGAGGUGGCGGUGGAGAGAAAACACGUGGAGAACAAAAAAAAGGCUCCUAAGCGUUAUUGGGAAGAAACGCAAAAUGCAACAAAAAAAGUUGAGGCAGAAAAAAGCAGUGAUGAGUCAAAGCAAGAAAACACAGAUAAAGAAAAAGGCAAGCUGACUCAUGAUGAAUGGAGAAAGAAGAAGAAAGAAAGGACUCAUGGAAAGUUCAUUUCAGGGAAAACUGACCCUUUCCCCGGUGAUGCGCCUAUCCCAGAGGAGCGAAUGAAGAAGUUCCAGAGAGGCAAUAAACUUGAAGUGCCUGCAGGAACACGACUGAAGCUAAGAGAAACUCUUACUAGGUCUGAAGCAGGUUCUGACCUGGCUCAGAAUCAGUCUGCACGAUAUGACCUCCUGCUCACUGAGGACGCUGGUUUUCUGGAGGGAGAGGAGGAUGAGGACACAUGCACCAUCUCACAGGAAGACAUAGCAGAAGCUGUGGACAUCACUUCUGGAUCAAAGUACUUUAACUUGCAUCUGACCCAGUUUGGACCAUACAGACUAGAUUACAGCAGGACUGGCAGGCAUUUGUUACUAGGUGGGAGGAGAGGUCAUGUGACUUGCAUAGAAUGGCAGACCAAAAACCUUAUGUGUGAAAUAAACGUAAUGGAGACAGUUCAAGACAUAAAGUGGCUUCACUCAGAGGCCAUGUUUGCAGUGGCUCAGAAGAAAUGGCUGCACAUCUACGACUCCAGCGGUGUGGAGCUGCACUGCAUAAAAAAAUUUAAUGAUGUUCUGCGCAUGCAGUUCCUCCCGUACCACUUCCUCCUGGCCACAGCGAGUGCCACAGGCUUCCUACAGUAUCUGGACGUGUCUGUGGGAAAGGAGGUGGCUGCCAUCCCCACGAGAUGCGGCCGGCUGGAUGUUAUGGCACAGAAUCCGUACAAUGCAGUAAUUCACCUUGGUCACCCCAAUGGCACGGUCACUCUUUGGUCACCCAAUCAGAAAGAGCCUCUUGUUAAAAUGCUGUGUCACCGGGGAGGUGUCCGCUCCCUCACAGUGGACAAAACUGGGACGUACAUGGUGACAUCAGGACUGGACAGGAAGCUGAAGGUUUACGAUAUCAGAGCUUUUAAACCCCUUCAUUCAUUCUUCCUGCCUGCUGGAGCUUCCUGCCUCUCCCUUAGCCAGAGAGGACUGCUCAGUGCUGCUACUGGAGAUAUAGUACAGGUGUACCGGGAUGCUUGUGGAGGUGCUCCAGUGACGAAGCCCUACAUGGCCCAUCGGGUGAGAGGGACAGUGUGGGGUGUUGGGUUUUGCCCCUUUGAGGACGUCCUGGGUGUUGGACAUGCAGAAGGAUUCACCAGUAUGAUAGUGCCAGGUUCUGGUGAGCCUAACUUCGAUGCUCUGGAUAUGAACCCAUACCGCAGCACCAAGCAGAGGCAGGAGUGGGAGGUUAAGGCUCUACUGGAGAAGGUGCAGCCUGAGCUGAUCAGCUUGGACCCGGGAAUGCUGGGUAAAGUGGACAACGCCACCUUUGAGCAGAAACAUAAGGAGAGAGUGGAGGCUGUGGGCUAUGACCCGCUAGCCCACAAGAAGUUCAAGCCCAGAAUGAGAAAGCGAGGCAGAAGCUCAGCCGGUUCUGUGGAGAAGAGGAAGAAUAAAGUUGCCCAUGAGGAUCAAAGGGAUGUGAUUCGGAAAACUGUGGGGGAGAGAAUGGAGAAAGAGAAGAAGAGGAAAGAGAGUGCAAAGGCGCAGCUGAAAGGAGGGGAAUUGUCUGUGUUAGAUAGAUUUAAAAAAGUCGGCUAGCUCUGUGCUAAGAGCAAAACACUGCUGUGGACUUUAACCGUCUGAGGAAAUAGGGACUUUGGUUUAGAAGAAGGAACCCACCUUUAGUUUGCUCAGUUUUUUUUUUUUUUUUUUUUUACACACACACACACACACACACACACACACACACACACACAACUUACUGAGGCGUGGCUUCUAUUAGAAGAUUCAUGAUGCUGUACUCCAAAAGCAGUUCAGAUGUUUGCUCUAUGAGCUGUUCAUAUUGAAAUGUUAAUAAUUUCUGUUUGUAUACUGUACACAACUUGUCUGUACUGGUAAGCAAAAUAAAUGAAUACACAUACCUGAAAA